AUGCCAGAAGCAGCCACACCCGGCGCAGCCGCCACGCGACCGCCAUACAACCCGGUGAUUAACCCGAUCCAUGCAAAACCAGUCCUAAUCGAAGAGCACCUAGAAGACAGCCAGCACAUCUUCCUCACCCGGCCAUGGUUCGGCGCUCUUCUCUUCGAAAACGCCGCCUCGGAUGCGCGCGAUCACUGCGCCAACGAGCGCACCUUCCUCUCCUGGCUUCGGCUUUCGAUGUAUCUCGGGAUCGUCUCGGUGGCGCUUAUCAUAUCCUUCCAUUUCAAGGCCGAGCCAUCGAAGAUCGAAAGGCAGAUGUCGCUGCCCAUGGGGAUUGUAUUCUGGGUAUUAAGCUUGGUGAGCCUUGGGAAUGGGUUGGCAAAUUAUAUUCGUACAGUGAAGAAGUAUAGUCGGAAGGCUGCGCUUGUACAGAGUGGAUGGAAAACGCAGUUGACGUUUAUGGUUGUUGGUGGGGUGAUACUGGGGAGUUGUAUUGUGCUUUUGGUUACGGAUGCACAUCAUUAUUAA